ACUGGUAUAUCCCCACUGCCGCUGCAGACACCCGUCAUGUCUGCCGAUGUCUGAUGUUUCCUCUUACCAUUGUUCUGUCGCCGGUGCCCUCUUCUGUUCUCUCCUCUUCCCUACUCUUCCCUUCUCGAAUAUCAAUAUCAGGCUGCCCAUCCAUUGCCCAAUGGCUCCAAACCUUCCUCAUGCGGGUAUGCGAUGCAAGCCUGCAAGAUCCACUAGCUCCACCAGGCCUGGGCACCCGUUGCAGAAAGCCGCAUUCCGCUAACGAUACUGCAGGCCAGCCUGAACAAUAAGGAGGGGCAAUCGGCGCUCUCACAUUGGCGCUACUUGAGUCCGAGGGAGGGAGCGGCAUUGCCCACGGGAAUUUUCUUUGUAACGCCCCACCAGAGAAGUUCGGUGCAUUGCAGCAGAAGCCAUCUGCCGUUUGGCAACGCUUGGCAGCCUCUCUGAAUACUCGGUGAGAUCCUGCGGGAAAGGGCAGUGAAAGAGUACUCGGUCACGGAGUCACAUGCGAGUCUCGUGACCUCACAAUCUACCAACAGCAUCAAAUGUUCAAAAGCUGGUCGAGGUGAUAAGUCCCUUACAAGAUCAUC